AUCUCUUUGCAGGCGUUUGCGGGAACAAAUUGUUGCGGCUUUAAGCACGAGUGUGAUUAUAUCGAGAAUCAAAGUUUAAAAUUCGCCACAGCCGCAAAACGCGCGAUUCCGACUGUCAGCGCAGUAGUUGGUUGCAAUAAUAAAAGCAAACGGACUCUGCGUGAGUGUGUGUGUGUGCGUGGGUGUGUGGCGAGUGGCGAUUGGGCAGCGGAUGUAGCAGCUGGUCUAGAGCGACGUAAGCCCCAUAAAAACGACAUUAAAACAAAUAAACAAAUAUACAAAUACGAUUCGCAUUGGGAAAAGCUGUUAAAAAGUCCUUCGAACCAAACAUGUUGGCCUUCCACAACGAGCACAUUGCCAGUUGCGCCUUUCUGACCUACUUCAGUCCGGACAGCACAAACACGGCUGCCAAUUCGCCAACAUCUGGGGCACAGGCGGCGCUUUACAAUGACAAACAGUCUAUAACAGGGAUGAACCGUGCUUUACAGCUGAAGCCAGCUGAAAAUGAAAGUCGCAGCGAGCAUCUAGAUCGCAAGCUGUUCGUUGGCAUGCUCAGCAAACAACAAACCGAAGAUGAUGUUAGACAAAUAUUUCAUCCAUUUGGCACUAUAGAGGAGUGCACCAUAUUGCGUGGCCCGGACGGUGCUAGUAAAGGCUGCGCUUUCGUCAAAUUCGGUUCCCAACAGGAGGCUCAGUCUGCAAUAACCAAUUUGCACGGAAGCCAAACUAUGCCGGGCGCAUCCUCCAGCCUGGUUGUCAAAUACGCCGACACGGAGAAGGAGCGACAAAUAAGACGCAUGCAGCAAAUGGCCGGUCAUAUGAACCUAUUGAAUCCGUUUGUCUUUAAUCAAUUUGGACCGUACGGCGCCUAUGCGCAGCAACAACAGCAGGCGGCUCUGAUGGCCGCUGCGGCCACAGCGCCGGGCUCGGCGGCUGCCUACAUGAACCCAAUGGCCGCCCUGGCAACGCAAAUACCUCAUGGCCUCAAUGGCACCGGGCAGCCGCCGUCGCUGCCCUCGCCGACGAUGCCCAACUUUAAUAUGGGCGCCAAUACGCCCAAUGGGCAGCCAGGAGGCGCUGCCGCCGCUGCUGCAGCUGCCUCGGUGGCCGACGGUGUCUUCACGAAUGGCAUUCCACAAACGGCAUUUCCACAUCUCACACUCGCUCCAGAUCCGCUGCAUCUGACCAUACCACCACAAGGUUUGCCAAAUGGCGAUGCUGCUGCACUGCAACAUGCCUUCCCUGGUUUGCCACCAUUUCCAGGAGUUGCCUUUCCCGCCGUCUAUGGACAGUUUCCACAAGCUUUACCACCUCCCCUAGCGGCGGUUGCACCCACUCAGCGUGAAGAUUUUCUGAUGUUCCCAGGAUGUUCUAUAUCCGGCCCGGAGGGCUGCAAUCUAUUCAUCUAUCAUUUGCCCCAAGAAUUUGGUGAUGCUGAGUUAAUGCAAAUGUUCCUGCCGUUUGGCAAUGUGAUCAGCUCUAAGGUCUUCAUCGAUCGUGCAACAAACCAAAGCAAAUGUUUCGGUUUUGUUUCAUUUGAUAAUCCCACCAGCGCUCAAGCGGCCAUUCAGGCCAUGAAUGGCUUCCAGAUUGGCAUGAAAAGACUGAAAGUUCAAUUGAAGCGGCCAAAGGAUGCCAGUCGACCUUAUUAA